AACGGCGAUUAAUCAGCUAAGUAUCGGAAGACCGGUUUUCAAAUAAUAAUAGUCUUAGGAGCCUUGUAAAGCCCGAGAACCGAACAGUCACAAUUUCCUCACUAUUAUGAUCCCGCACCAGCAGCACUUCGUAUAACCACUCUCGCUUCUGCAAAGGAAUAAUUUUCCCAUGCUUGGCUGCAUGGCCUGACACACAAGAUAGAUAAAGUUGCUCGCCACUGCGCACCGCGAAAAUGACAAACUCGCUCGGUGAUCUCGCCGACCUCGAGAAACGGGAUGCUGUUGACUCGCGCCGUUCGAGUAGUUUGUCGCUGCGCGAGAGGAGCGAGGACGAUAUUAGACUGGAGCAGACGAAAUCUGAGGAUGCGACCUUUGCGCCUAUCGUUGCGCCGGAGGAUCAACGCGAUUCACAGAUGAAGAAAGUGCGGUCGAAUUUAUCCCGCACGCGCUCGUUGGAACGCUCAUGGUCUUUGAAUGAUGGAGUUAGUCUUGGGGGUAAUGGUUAUGAAGAGGAAGCGGGUGAGGCCGCGCGGCAAGAGAUGCCGGAGGAUGAUUCCGGAUACACGGUUGGCUGGGAUGCUAGUGAUCCCUUGAACCCGCGCAAUAUGAGCAAGGCUAGGAGGUGGUUGAUUGUGGUUAUUGUGUCAUUGGGGUCGCUUUGUGUGACUUGUACCUCGUCCAUGUAUACCACGACCUACGAGCAGUUGAUGAAGGAGUUUGGUUGCUCGCAAGAGGUUGCGACGCUUGGAUUGUCGUUUUUCAUUUGGGGACUUGGUAUUGGUCCUCUUUUCCUCAGUCCGUUGUCAGAGUUCUAUGGUCGGCGCAAUAUCUACAUCGUGUCAUUCUCGCUCUUCCUGAUCUGGCUCAUCCCGUGUGCUGUCGCAAAGAACACCCAGACCAUGCUCGUGAGCCGAUUCUUCAACGGUCUAUCUGGAAGUGCUUUCCUGAGUGUUGCUGGCGGCACUGUUGGCGACAUGUUUGAUCGACAUGAGCUCGCCUUCCCAAUGAUGCUUUACACCGCGAGUCCGUUCAUUGGACCCGAAGUCGGACCUCUGGUCGGUGGAUUUAUCAACUACUACACUGGAUGGCGCUGGACCUUCUAUGUCCUCCUAAUCUGGACCGGCGUCCUGUUAAUUUCAAUCAUCUUCCUCGUCCCAGAAACCUACCAUCCAGUGCUCUUGAGGCGCAAAGCCCAAAAACUCCGCCAGGAAACCGGAGACGACCGAUGGAAAGCGCCGAUCGAAAAGAUGCAGCGAUCAGUGGCGCAAACGGUUCUGCGAUCGAUGUACCGCCCCAUAAUGCUCCUCACCAUGGAGCCAAUGUGCUUGAACCUCUGUAUCUUUUCAGCGAUCCUAUUGGGUAUCCUGUACCUUUUCUUUGGUGCCUUCCAAUUGGUCUUUAAAGAUGUUUAUGGCUUUGAUCUGUGGCAGCGGGGUCUCUGUUUCAUGGGUCUCUUUGUGGGUAUGGUUUUUGCGAUUCUUUCAGAUCCUAUCUGGCGUCGCAAUUACAUGCGCUUGGAACGGAAUUAUCAGAACUCGACGGAUGAGCAGGAUGAGUUUCAGCCAGAGUGGCGGUUGCCUCCAGCCAUCUUGGGUGGGCCAUUGGUGACUAUCGGUCUUUUCAUCUUUGCUUGGACUACCUACCCCGAUGUACAUUGGAUCGCACCCAUCAUUGGCAGUGCCCUCUUCGGCGCAGGGACAAUCCUGGUCUUCUCAGGCGUCUUUACAUUCCUGGUCGAUGCAUAUCCGACCUUUGCAGCGAGCGCGCUGGCCGCGAAUAGCUUCAUGCGGUCAAGCUUUGGAGGAAUCUUCCCUUUGUUUGGGAUUCAGAUGUACAACAAUCUCGGAUUCCAUUGGGCGACGUCACUGCUAGCAUUUCUCACCCUAGUCAUGCUUCCUUUUCCGUACAUUUUCUUUCGAUAUGGCGCUCGUAUUCGGAAGAAGAGUCGGUUUGCAACUUCUCAGACGUGAUUUUGGGCGCCGCGGUGAAAGCGUUUUCAAGUUCAUGAUACAAAAUGAUGGUUUUGAUACAAAUAUUAGCAUCCGCCUGGUUUGCAGAUAUUGUGUACCUGUACAUACACCAC